CUGGCUUUCUGUUUUCCAAUCAACAACUUCCGUAAUAUCUCAAGUAGUCUUCCCUUGGCCAAUGAUAUCGUUUCGUUUGUGGCUUGGAGCCAGCAGGAGAGCCCCCACAUGUGGGUGCUAAAUGAUGUCAUUUCCAUAGGACUCCACUGACGCACUACCAACGCAAAACCCUUAUAAUCUGCAAGUUCUCCGGAUUCCUCCUUCUCAAGAAACCAAUACACAAAUCCUUUCCAAGUUCUCUAAUGCCUCUCUUCAAAUCUCACAACGAACCAGAACCAGUCCAUCACUCGACCAACAACAGCUCGCCCUCUCGCAAAGGCACUCUCUUCGGUCGUCGUCGUUCGGUGUCAUCCGAACGUUCUCCCAACGAACACAAUCACUCUCAACGAGGAGGUGGCCUAUUCGGUAAUAGCCACCGACGUUCUUCUUCCUCCGAUGGUUCUCCUACCCACCCAGGUACGGGAAGCGUACGUUCAGGAGGCUCAGGUGGAUUCUUUGGUCUUGGUGGCCACAACUCUGCAGGGAACGACCCUAGUAUCAUGGCUGCACGACAAAAAGUCCAAGAAGCUGAACAGGCUGAGAGGGAAGCCGAUCACGCCUUGAAUGCUGCUAGAGCUUCGGUACGGGAAGCUCGAGAGCAUGUCAGGUUCCUCGAAAAAGACGCUGCUGACGAUGCGCGACGUGCCAAAGCUAAGCAAGCUGAAGCCAAAGUUGUCAGCAAGACAGCUCGUGCCCUUGGUCGUCACGGUUGAGGAUCUCUCUCCUUAUAUCCACUCCAUACCCAGAUUAUAUUACCGUCAUGCGGUUAAACUGACUAAUUUUGGACAUUUAAAUUCCUUCACGUCUGGUUUCUCUACCUCAUUACUACUGUCAAUCGUGCCACUCCAAGUAUACCCUGCGGUUAGUGUAUCCAAAUGUACCGUUAUAAUGCUAUGUAUUCCCAUUUAUCUGUUAGCGUUCAAUCAAUUAUCGCCUUCACUAGAACCGGAGGCAAGUGCGGCCCCC